AGAGUGCACUUCAAAACGUUCAGACAUUUGUUAAAAUGAGCAAAAUGAAAUCCAUGGUGAUUUACUUGUUUUUAAAUUUUUGUGCGUUUGAUUGUGUUGUUCAUUCGAAAAAACAUCAAUUUAUUAGUGAUUGCCAUUACGAUGGAAGCGCAGAAAGGGGAAAAUAUCCUUUAACAUUCAUUUGCAAUGAAAAUCUUGGGGAAAGAAACUUUUUUGUAAACACUUUGCAUUAUUGCACAGGCCAAUCAGACUUUGAUAACUAUAAUAUUGGCUCAAUAAAUUUUAAAAAUUGUGAACUGUCCAAAAUUGCCAGCAACUUUUUCAAAAUUUAUAAAAAUGUAUUCGAAUUGAAUAUGUCAAACCUCGGCGUUGAGACAUUGCAACCUGAAAGUUUUAAAAGUGGUACCCAAUUGAUGAAAUUAAGUGCAUCCCACAACAAAAUCACUGAAAUUCCCGCUGAUUUACUAAUAGAAGCAGUUAAUCUAAAUACAUUGGAUUUAUCAAACAAUCAAAUAAGCCGAUUUGAUCCAAAUGCGUUCUCCCUUGGAAAUAGUUUAAAAUACCUGUAUCUUGAAUCAAAUAAUAUAAGUGAAUUAAGUGCCGAAAUGUUUAAUGAAUUAACCGAAUUGGAAUAUGUUGAUGUCAGUUACAAUCAAGUCACCAAAAUACCGGCCAAUUUGUUUGACGAAUGUAAACAACUCCUUAACUUCAAUUGUUCAUAUAAUAAAAUCAAUCACUUUGGACCGGAUAUUUUCCCUGCAAGCAAUUUAUUAAACAUAUUGGAUCUGUCUCAUAACAACAUCAGUGAAUUGCAUGUCAGCACAUUUCAAACGCUCACUGAA